AGAUUUUUCACAAGUUAUAUGAUCUAUAUAAUGGCCAGAUAAUCGAUCACAAUGAACUCAACUCUACACAUUCUGUAUUGAUAGCUCUCAUUCAAACCAAAGCAAACUCUACACACACUCCUCAGAUCCUUGAUUCGUUUUCCAGGAACUAUAUUGACAUCAGAAAAUGGGUAUUCGUCUUCCUGGAACUAUUCUUGCCAAGCAAAUUCUUCGCAGAUCUGUCCUAACUGCAAAUAAAAUAAGUUCAGCAUCUCCAGAAGUUCCAAAAGGCUUUCUGGCUGUUUACGUUGGACAGACUGAGAGGAAGAGAUUUAUGGUACCUGUAUCCUAUUUGAGUCAGCCUUCAUUUCAAGCUCUACUAAGAAAAGCUGAAGAAGAAUUUGGGUUUGAUCAUCCGAUGGGUGGCUUGACGAUUCCUUGCAGAGAAGACAUUUUUAUUGAUGUUACUUCUCAGUUGAAUAGAUCAUAAGACAAGGCAUUCAAGCUAACCAAUGACAACAAUUUUGUACAGAUACAUUACAAAUGACUUGUUGGCUGUAAAAUACAUACGUUUUCUAAUAGUAAAAUUAGAGAACUAUUUUGAAAUUAGAACUUUUUCAUUGCUUCA